UGAGGAAACCCCUUCUCUUCUCGUUCUUGCUCCGAUCCUGAUUCUCGCCUUUUUCCCUUUCUCUGCGAACGAUCGGUCUUCACUACUCUCUCUCCUGUCGUGCUCUGUAGAAAAUGGAAUCUUCUCUGGCAAACCGCCUCCCCGAAGCUGAUUCCUUGCCCGACGGCUUCGUUGAGGUUUCCGCUGACCUCUCUCCCUCGCCGCUGCCGCCGCCUUCCGACUACAAAGAGGCCUUCGUCGAUCUCCAGCCAUCGGUCGAACAGCUUGUGGACCCGUAUCCCCCGCCCUCCGGAUCAGGGGCGGAAACCCUUCCUCCGGAUCCUCUGGCGAAUGGUUCAGAGAGGUACGUCACAUCUGCGGACCUUUUGACGAAAGGAGAUUGUCCCGAUUCAUCUGGGCGAGGUGAGAUUUUGGAGUCGAAACCCGGUGAUGAGGCAUCCGAGUCAAGUAUACCGAAGGAUGAGGUUUUGUUAGGUACUGCAACUGAGGGAAACAGCCAAAGAGACAGCAAGAGUUCGGAAACAGAAACAAAGGGCAUGAUGGAAUUGCAUCCAACAAAUCUAAAGGAAAGCAGUGAAACAAAACGUAAAAUUGUAAAGCGUAACGCAAAGUCAGAUAAAGAGUUGCUUGAAUUUACUUUGAAGUACCAAAAAGUGGUAGCAGAGAGAGAUGCAGCUAUCUCUAUCCGUGAGAGGCUUGAGUCACUUUGCAGGGAGUUGCAACGUCAGAAUAAAAUGCUGAUGGAUGAAUGCCAAAGAGUAUCUACAGAAGGACAGAACAUGAGACAAGAUUUGUCUACGAAGUUCAAUGAUGCAAUUAAGGAUAUCAGCAACAAGCUUGAGGUGCAAAAAGAUGAAUGCCUUUCUCAGCUCAAUGAAAAUGAGAUACUGAGAAAUAAGUUAAAGCUCCUUGCUGAUCAGUACGCUUUGUCUGAGCAACACUUCAGCCAAAAAUUACAGCAGAAGGCAUUAGAACUUCAGCUUGCUGAUCUCAAACUUCAGCAACAGGAAGAGAAAUCCGCCAAGGAACAAACACAGAUGCAAUUAUAUGCUGAACAGGUUUCACAACUAUUGACAGCAGAGAAAAAUUUAAGAUCACAACUAGCAGCUGAUGAAGAGAGAUUUCAGCAGUUCCAGGAUGCUUUGUCAAAAAGUAAUGAGGUGUUUGAAGCAUUUAAGCUGGAGAUGGAAAAGAUGGCAAAAUUAAUAAAGGAGCUCAAGAAAGAAAAUGAGUUCUUGAAGGGCAAAUGUGAGAAGUCAGAUAUAGCAAUUGUGAAGCUUAUCGAGGAGCGUGAGUUAAUGAAGAAACAGCUAGAAAAAACAAAGAACCAGAAAGAAAAGCUUGAAUCGUUAUGCCGGUCGCUGCAGGAAGAGAGGAAACACAAUCUGGUCAAGGCCAACUCAGAUCCUGUUGCCGCACAGAUAACUUAAUCAAGUGAAGAUCUGUAGCAACCAUCAGGGUUUGAUAUUUUAUCGAUUGCGAAGAACCAGUGAUCUAUAUCACAUAUGCGAGAGAUUUGCAAGCAUAAGAAAAAGUAGAUGAGAUUGUGUAAUUCCCUUUUUGUAAUGUAUUAUUGUAUUUUUUUUUUCUUUUCAACCUUGGGAUCCUGAAGUUAUUUUAGAAUAAACCAUCUGCCUCCAUGUCUUUUAUUUAUUUUUUCAUCCUUUGAAUUAGUUUCUUUCAUUAUGGCUUUGCACAUCUAGUUAUUCAUCCCAUUAAUGAUUAGAGAUUGCUUGCUUCUGAAACGAUCAAGUCAGUGAAGCCGAGGAAUUUACCGACAUAGUUCAAAAUGCACUGCAAUGCACUGCUUGCUGUAAUCCAUCCUUGCUUUCAAACUGCUAUGAACAAGCUGCAGUAUGCCAACUGAUUGAAAGUUUUGGUCUUUACUGGUGGACUGAGGAAGCAGAUUAUCGUGCAUUAUUUGCCGACGGAGAAGAUAAAGGACAAGAGAUGCAGCUGUCUGGAUCAUGUCUCAUUCCGCUGCAAUUUCUCAUCAGACAAUGUGGCUGUUAGCAAAUGAAUAAUUGGCAACCCCUGGAGAUGAUGAAUCAACAAGAUUGUUAUAGGUGGUCCAUCCAGGAAAUUGACCAGGAUGGUAUCUGCUACCUCGCCAACUGCUGCUGUCUCUACCAUAAUCACUGGUCUCCGUGGCUCCUCUAUCGACUGCCUGCGAAUUCUGGUCCCGCCGAGCUGGUCAUUGUAUUUGUCAUCUGCCACCUUCCCCUCUGCUGGCCCAGUUAUUACUGUUCUGCUCCCCGGAUCAUUGCCUCAUAAGUUGGUCGAGAUGUGUGUUGUGCCUCUCCUAAAUUUGUCAAGCAUUGGCAUUCUUAACGACUCGAUAAUCUGAUAUGAGCCAGACUUCUUGUGUACCUGUUGUUGCCACAGCCCUUCUUGCGAUCAUGAUGGUCAUGGGCCUAGCUGCUUAUCUCCAAGCAUCAGAAUUAAGCGCACUGGAUAUGUUAGAGAUCGACUACCAUGGACCGGAGACUCACCCUUCUUGGCCUCCUCCAGAAUUUCAUCCUAUAUACCCCAAGUCCCAACCAUCAAGAAGCAAAAGUGAUGCUGGUAGAGAGG